AUGUUUGUUAUUUCUGCAGAUGGAGUGUGCUUGCUGAGCGCUGGAGUCAUCCACGUGACUUGCACCGGUUUCCAGAAGGAGCUGAAGCCCGGUCAGGGACUGACUGUCCAGGAAGAAAUAGAGCUGUCGACGGCGAGGGAAGCAAGCGGACAACUCAGUAGCAGCCAAAUUAUGGCAGUGAAGUUACAGUUUAUUCGUGACUGUGCGUGGAAGAAAGUGGUCUACACCAAAGAUGAAUUUGACCAUAUAUGUGUUCCGCUGUUUGAUGGCUCCUGCCGCUUCCUUGAUCCAAAAACGCUACAGUCCCGUCAGCACUGCCAGUGUCUCUUAAACAACUUGGGCGGAGUCUUAAACUGUUUACAAAGAGAACAACAAGAGCUUACUGACAAAGACUUGAGAAAUCGGCAGGUGCUAGCUAGCAACUUUUCUGUGCAUGCGCAAAUGGUUAUCUGGUUCUGUCAGUCUGGUCUCCUUCCAGAGGGUUCAGACAGGACGAUGCAUUUGUCUACCUCUUUCUACAACUAUCCUUUGCUCCACACCUGCUAUACUGGUCAGCGACAGAGACUGGAGCAUUUGUCAAGAGUGAAGAAUGCGAGACCUAAGAGCGCAGGUGACGAGCAUCCUGCUGCGGUUCCCAAAGGGGACUCUUCAGGCUCGUGAAACAUGAGGUCACCCAAGGUUCCGUGCUGCGCAGGAAGUUUUCUGGAGGGAUAAGUGACCUAGCACAGCUGGCACGUGGUCCUCACCUUGAGAUAGUGAACUCGGUGACAGGCCAGUGGCUCUCUGCAUACUAUUUCAGAGGAGCGCACGAACAGCCUCCCACUAUCCGAGUGGUGAAGGAGUUUUUGUGGGAGAAAAGAACUGGACUGAUGAUUGCUUUGGAAGAAGGAGAGGGAAGUGUUCUGUGCCUGUAUGACCUUGAAACAUCAACAGUAUUUAAAGCAGUUGUUCUUCCCGCAAGGAGCUACAGAACCACCAGCCAAGAGACGGCCUCCCUCGAAUGUGGAGUUGUGUAAUACAUUUCUUAUGACACCAGCUACAAAAUGGUCAUCUGACGACAUGGAUUAGAGUUUUAGAAUUAAUAAAAAUGUUGUUUCUCCUACCUGUGCACACCUG